UGCACGUGAAGGCAGCAUCGGUAAAACUCUCGCUCCGGACGGGGUGUGACGUAGAGUGCAAUCAGGGCAGCAGUCGAAGUGGACCUCACUCCGCACUUUUACCGUCAGCGCUCAGUUGAACCGGAUCCGAACAAGCUCCAGUUACACACCGGAACCCCCCCUAAGACAAAGCCAAGCAGACACCCCAGAUUUACCAGCGGCGAACGGACCGGGUUGGAGGUGGCGGGACACAUGGAAACGCCAUGUAGCUGGAAAUACGGCGGUGGACUUCUUCUUCACGGUUUCCCUGACGAAGGAGCGAAGUGAGCCGCGAGAGAAACAUGCUCACCCCGAUGCCGGCCUCCCUGCUGCUGCUGCUGCUGCCGCUUCUCCUCCUCCUCCUCUGCCGCAGUUGUUUCUGCCAAUACUCGAGCGACCAGUGCAGCUGGAAGGGCAGUGGUCUGACCCACGAAGGCCACGCCAGAGAUGUGGAGCAGGUGUACUUGCGCUGCUCCCAAGGCUCCCUGGAAUGGCUCUAUCCCACGGGGGCCAUCAUCGUCAACCUCCGACCCAACACGGUGUCCCCCGCCGCCGCCCGCCUCUCCGUCUGCAUCAAACCCGCGGCGGGAUCCAGCGGCACAAACAUCUACCUGGACCGCAACGGCAAGCUGCGGCUCCUGCUGCGCGACCAGGACCAAGCGCAGCGCAAGGUGCAGUGCUUCAGCAUCCAGGAGGGGGCUCUCUUCAUCGAGGCCGUCGUGCACACGGACAUCGGCCGCCGGAUCACGGCGUUCCAGUACGAGCUGGUCAGCGACAGGCUGGGGCCACAGGCACACGUGGGGGGAGCACCCUGUCAGCCCUGCAGCGACGCCGAGGUGCUCCUAGCCGUCUGCACCAAUGACUUUGUGGCAAGGGGCAGCAUUGAGAAGUUGGAGAAGGAGGAGGAGCACUCGUCCGUGACUGUGGAGCUCCGGCGCCUCUACAGGCAGAAAACCCAGGUGUUUGCCCCCGGGGGCGUGAGGGUACGGCGGUGGACCGGCCACAUCAAGAUGUCCCUGCAGUGUGGGGUGAGGUCUGGGGAGGGGGAGUUCCUCUUCACUGGGACAGUGAGGUUCGGGGAGGCCUGGAUGGGCUGCGCCCCGCGCUACAAGGACUUCCUGCGGUUGUACGGCGAGGCGCAGCGGCAGGGGACCAACCCCUGUCACAUGGACACAGACUGAGCGCGUAACCCGCCCUCCCUUUUUCUGAAAGAGUGACAAGUCGUCGCUCGGUGGGGAGGAGAGCUGAACCCGGAGUUCAUGCUCGGGAGAGACCGUCACGGUGGCAGAUUGUCUCUGUCUUUCUCUCCCUCGUCUCUAUCCAUCUCGUGACUCUUUUGGAGACAAAGAGCUCCUGAAUGUUGCCAAGCAGCAUGCUGGACAGCCUCGGCUCUCAAAGCCCAACGUGAUGCAACGUGGAAUGUGCUCGGACUGCUUUUCUCGCCAACGAGUAAUUCCCAGAAUUUAAAUGUAGCAAAACCCCCAUUUGGAAUAUAUUUGUAUAAAAUGUGAAUGAACGUUGUAUAUUUUGAAGCUUUGUGUUCUUUGUAAAAAAAAAAAAAAAAGAAAGCUUGUUGUACAGUUCUGAAGUUACUAUAAAAGAAAUGUAUAAAGUGAAAGCCUGUUUUUUUAUUUUGUUUAAAAAAUAAUUUGCAAUUUUAAUGCCUGAAUUCAUGUUUGUUUUUUCAGGCUGUACAAUUGUGUAAAAAACAAACCAAAAAAAAAUCAAAAACUUCUGCCAUCGAGAAUAAAAGCUUUGUUCCCUGGAUGAGCGUUUGUCUUUGGUGUCUAAAAUAAAUAAAAAAAAUCAACAGAAAA